AAUAGAAUCCCCAUCGGAGAUGCUCUUAUGUUCCGUUAUUCCUCGUUUUCCAAGUUGAUUCGAUGCAUCCAGGCUCAAGGCCUCCAGUUUUCCUUUGCAGAUUUAUGAAGAGACUGUUAACUUUCUUCAAUUUGCAGCUUGUUUCGAUCACAGUAUUGUAGAGCUUGAAUGAUGAAUUGACGGAGAGAUGGAUUUCCACUGACGCGCGAUGGGGACGGAACCCAACGUACCGCCGGCGCCAUCUUCAUCGCCGGCAGCGACGGCAUCCUCAUCACCCAAUGCCAAGCGAAGUAGAGACCCUGAAGAUGAGGUUUAUGUGGACAAUCUCCAUUCACAUAAACGCUAUUUAAGUGAGAUAAUGGCAUCAAGUUUAAAUGGACUAACUGUUGGAGAUAACUUAACUGAUGAUAGCCUUGUGUAUUCUCCAAGGUCUGGAAGCAUGUGCUGUAUUAGAUACAGAGAUGAUGCAUCUAUACAGUAUUCACCAAUGUCAGAAGAUUUGGAUGAGUUGCCGAGCUAUGAAGUUUCUAUGCACAUUUGUUGUUCAUCUCAGCCUGAGAGCACUCCAACCAGUCCUGUGUCUCCUUAUAGGAACCACCAGAGGCCUUUUAGUGGGCUCUCACCCUUCUCUCAAUCCACUUUAAACCCGCCACCAGGAUGCAACCUACCUCCCGUUGCAUCUUCGAGUGCACGUCAACGGGGCUCAGACUCUGAGGGCCGGUUCCCAUCAUCGCCGAGCGACAUAUGCCACUCAGCAGACCUCAGGCGGGCAGCGCUUUUGAGGUCUGUGCAGAUGAGAACCCAUCCGCAUGGAGCAGCAACACUUUUUGAUCUGUCGCUGCUUAGUCAUGGUGGCCAUGAGCAUAGUUUGGAAAUUGAAGAGAGUGAUGAUUAUCAUGUUGAAGAAUGCCCAUCGGUGAGAGUAUCAGAAUCUGAAACCCUUGAAGAACAUUGUGGGAUAUCGGACGCGUACUUGAAAGGGGAUUCGUCUCAUGAUUAAUCAUUUGUAUGUGUUGCAAGUUAUUAUUAAUUUAUUAGUGUAUUGCCUCAUUGCCUGUAAUCCGCUCUUAAGCUUGUGCAAAGAAAAGUCUUAGUGUGUGUGUGUGUUGUUCUAGGCCUGGGACCGGUUCGGUUCCUAGGCCAAAUAUGUGGAACCGUUUGAAAAUAUGAAAUUUUAUUAACG